ACCGGGAGGGGCGGUGCCGUCCCACGGCGGGGCGUGCGUGUGUUUCCUGUCACGUGACUGCGCGGGACCGCGGCGCCGCAGGAGGAGGAGGAGGAGGAGGAGGAAGGCGCGGAGCAUAGUCACCCCUUCCCCCACCAUGAUCAAAGCCAUCCUUAUCUUCAACAACCACGGGAAGCCGCGGCUCUCCAAGUUCUACCAGCGCUACAGUGAAGAUACGCAACAACAAAUUAUCAGAGAAACUUUCCAUUUAGUAUCAAAACGUGAUGAAAAUGUCUGUAAUUUCCUAGAAGGAGGAUUAUUAAUAGGUGGAUCUGAUAACAAACUAAUUUACCGACACUAUGCCACCUUGUAUUUUGUCUUCUGUGUGGAUUCUUCAGAAAGUGAGCUUGGCAUUUUAGACCUCAUACAGGUAUUUGUGGAAACACUAGACAAAUGUUUUGAGAACGUCUGUGAACUGGAUUUAAUUUUCCAUGUAGACAAGGUACAUAAUAUAUUGGCAGAAAUGGUCAUGGGUGGAAUGGUUUUGGAGACCAACAUGAAUGAAAUUGUCACUCAGAUUGAUGCUCAAAAUAAACUGGAGAAAUCUGAGGCUGGUUUAGCAGGAGCUCCAGCCCGGGCUGUCUCAGCUGUAAAGAAUAUGAAUCUUCCAGAGAUCCCAAGAAAUAUUAAUAUUGGUGACAUCAGUAUAAAAGUGCCAAACCUGCCCUCUUUUAAAUAACAUGGCUACUCCAGGUAAAACCAAGGAAGAAAUGUAAUAGAGAUUUACAGUAUAAUUGUUUACUAAAUAAACAACGUGUAACUUUUACUGUUUGGGUAAAACUCAAGGUACUGUAUAGACGUAAUUUGAAAAAUCAGUGUGUGGAGUUGAAUGUUGCUUUUAUCUUGUUUGUGAAAUUAAAGGAAGUGGGUAGUUCCCAUGUGAUUUUUAAAUUACAUUCCUAUGCCCUUGUAAGGCACAUCACUGUCUAUGGGCUGCUGCAGUAUUUGGGGAAAGUAUUUAAGAUGUUCUUUACUUUGUAUAACCUAUCAUGCUGAGUUUUUUGUAUAUUCACUAAGGUCUACAAUUAGUGCAUUCCUUAACUACUUCUGCUGUUUGUCAUGAUUAUUUAAGACUUAAGUGCAGAUGUUGCAUGAAAACAUUAAACUCUUGUUUUGUUUGAAUAAAAUCAUAACAAGCUAGACUUCUAAAUAUCUGUUUGUCUGAAAUCUAAUCUUUGCAAUAAAUCAUGGUAUUUCCUAUUCAUGGAGCAAAUUACCUAUAUAUAAAUACUGUUGUGGAAAGCAUUAGUGUUGUAGUUUAAUCUCUGGAGGAAUUACAUGGGGAUACUGUGUUGAACAUAUUGUUCUUUACAUUCCUUGCAAAAGCUGUAUGUUAUUAUUCUGAAGGAAAACGACUACCUUUACUGAAGAUCCGAAAACUUCUGUUUACAUAUAGGUGUUAAGAAGAUACUUGCACAAUGUGAUACACUGUUCCUGGCUGUCUUACUUUAUUUGGGGAAAAAAGGUCUAUGCAGUUGCUCUAUGUGUGUUGUGAGAAAGUACAGAAUGGGCUGGGGAGAUUGGGCAGCUUAGAACUGUAAAUGUGAGUGUAGCAAGUAUUGUGAUAAAGAAAAGCACUCUGGAAAGAUAAAUGAGGAUACUAGAGCCUCUGUGCCUGGUGACACUUGCGAUUCUCCACUUCAAGGAUUAUAUUUAUGAGAUAUUCAGUAUUGUCAUGACCUCAGAAAAUCUAAGUGCUCUCAACUCUGUGUAAGUCACUCAGCAGCUAAACUCUUCUGUGAUGUAAAAAAAAAAAUGGGGGAGGGUUGUGAUCGGGUUUUGUAAUCGCGUUGUUAAGCUCUGUGUGAUGUACAAAUCUCUGUUUAAAUGAAUAAUAAAGGUAUCAUUGGGAUAUUUAAGAAUUGCUGUAAAGUUUUUUUCUUCCAAAAAGUAUGUAAUUAAUGCUAUAGAUGAAAACACAAUGAUAUUGUAUCAAGGAUACAUUUCAGGACUGGUCUGAGAGGUUCUGUGUUGCUUCAGGAAUUUAGGUUUGAUGGAAAUCAUGCAUUCUUUUCCUUUGAGUUGAAUGUUAAAACAUACCCCAUAGGAUAAACUUGGAAUCACAUCACAUUCUGUGCUUGAUCCAUAGUAACUGUGAUUGAUGCCUUUUGAGAGCACUUGAGAGAGAGAAAAAGAGGAAAAAGAAAUUGCUUUUGAAAGAAAAAAUUUGAUACAACACAAAGAAUUUUAAUGCUUUAAGGGGAGGGGGCUUCAUGUAUACUGUUUGUGUUGCAUUUAAUCAGCAUCAAGUAAUGCUAUUUUAUAAAUGCUAUUAAAACAGAAUUGCUCUCUCCACACCUCUUGAAAAGAAUACCGAUUCUUCCAAAUUAGCUUUCUUAGUUUGCGCCUCCAGGAAAUUUCACUUGGUGUUUAAGUAGCAAACUGCCACUUUCUAAUUUCCACAGGAGAAAUGAAGAGAAUGAAACAUGCAGCAUUUUUUUCCCCUAGGAAGUCGAGUACUCUUUAUUAUUCCCAAGUUAGACAGCUUAGCUAGAACAAAUGUAGAACGGUUAUAAUUUCACCUCUGUGUGCCAACUUUUGGAUUUCUGCUUGAUGCAUAGACCAUAUGACAUUCAAAGUAAAGAUGUUGAAGAUGUUCUGCACGGUUCCCACGUGAGGAUUUAGUUACUGCCACUGCUGCAGAAUAAGUAGGAGAUAUUGAAACAUUUGCUACUCUGACCUAUAGAGAAUUCUUCUGGCUGUUUGUGAAAGGAGCUCACAAUUUUAGAAAUGCUUCCAAGUAC